UUCGUUCGACUGUUGUAUCUGCUUGAAUUCGUGUUGAAUUUUAUCGACCAUUUCAAAAAUUUGAAAUGAUGAUUUCAGUUGGAAUGUCGUUCCAACCGUUUGAUCUUUUAUAAUCAUAUCAGAUCAUAUCCGUUUUCAUUCCAGAGUUAUGACAGAUAUCAGUCAGGUAUUCACACGAAUGCUGCUCCUACAUGAGAAUCUUCAUCUCUUUUCCCUGGAGUUUCCGACACACAGUUUCUACCCUUAUCCCCACCACAUUUACAACCCUCUUUGGCCAGGGCCAGAGCUCAAAUCAAUAUGAACUGAAUUACUCACAGGAGCCUCUCUGCUUCAGUGAAAUCAUUUUAGAAGAAGCACUUGUAUUUGGUCACAUUAAAAUUGUGGAACAUGAAGCUGUGCCAAUAAUUUUUACUUAAUGACUGUAUAAACCACCCUGUGACGUUGAUUUUUUAAAAUAGUAUAUAUCGAUUGAGUCAAACUAUAAAUAUAUAGUCAUAGUUGAGUGUAGUUUAUAUCCAGUCAAAGUGAACUGCAAUUGACACAUUUUUUGACAGUACCUGUUGACAUUUAUUAUAUGUAUGUAUAUUUUACCAUGGAUAUUUUCUGCCACUUACGUCGCAAAUUCCAUGGCUCAACGAUCUAUAGUUGAGUUGAUGUUGGAGGGUAGUUUUAAGGAGUUUUAUCUGCACAUCUUUGCCACAAGAAAAGGUAUUCCACAAUGUUGAAAUUGUUGUUUGGCCUAACUACGUUAAUUACGACAAUUAUCGAGGCAUCGUUGCCUCCUGCAGAAGAUAAUGUCCUUCACAUUGGUGGUAUAUUUCCAAUUGCUGGUGAAGGGGGAUGGCAGGGUGGUCAGGCAUGCAUGCCAGCGGCAAACCUGGCCAUGGAUGAUGUUAAUCGUCAAAAGGAUCUAUUACCUGGGUUUACUCUGAAACUCCAUUCUAACGAUAGUGAGUGCGAGCCGGGUUUGGGAGCAUCUGUUAUGUACAACUUGUUGUACAACAAGCCACAAAAGCUGAUGUUAUUAGCGGGGUGCAGUACAGUAUGUACCACAGUUGCAGAAGCUGCUAAAAUGUGGAAUUUGGUAGUUUUAUGCUACGGAGCUUCAUCUCCAGCUUUGUCAGAUCGAAAUCGUUUUCCAACAUUAUUCAGAACUCAUCCAUCAGCUACAGUUCAUAAUCCGACCAGGAUCAAGCUACUCCAAAAAUUUGGAUGGUCCCGUGUGGCUAUUUUGCAGCAAGCCGAAGAAGUCUUCAUUUCAACAGUGGAGGAUUUGGAAGCUCGCUGCAAGGAAGCAGGGAUUGAAAUCGUAACUCGACAGAGUUUUUUGUCUGAUCCUGCGGAUGCGGUUCGCAAUUUACGGCGUCAAGAUGCUAGGGUCAUAGUGGGUUUAUUCUAUGUCGUUGCAGCGAGGCGAGUGCUCUGCGAACUUUACCAUCAAAAUUUGUACGGCAAAAGUUAUGUCUGGUUCUUCAUUGGUUGGUACGAGGACGAUUGGUUUGAGGUAAAUUUGGAUAAAGAAGGUAUAACUUGCACUAAGGAAGAAAUGCGGCAGGCAGCCGAAGGUCAUUUAACGACAGAAGCUCUUAUGUGGAAUCAAAAUAAUCAGAAAACAAUCAGUGGUAUGACCUCAGAGGAUUUCAGACAACGAUUGAACAAAAUGUUAGCGGAAGAUGGCUACGAUAUUAAUAACAAUAGAUACCCAGAGGGAUACCAAGAAGCUCCACUUGCCUACGAUGCUGUCUGGUCUGUAGCUUUAGCAUUCAACAAAACCAUGGAAAAAUUGAACAAACUUGGAAAGAGUUUGAAGAAUUUCACUUACACCGAUAAAGAGAUAGCUGACGAUAUUUAUUCGGCGAUAAAUUCAACCCAAUUUCUCGGAGUUUCUGGAUACGUGGCGUUCAGCUCUCAAGGAGACAGGAUCGCUCUGACGCAAAUAGAGCAAGUUAUAGACGGUGGUUACGUUAAACUUGGAUAUUAUGAUACCCAAAGUGAUAAUUUAACAUGGUUAGGCAGGGAAAGGUGGAGAGGUGGCAAGGUUCCACAAGAUAGAACAAUUGUUCGCAAAGUUUUGAGAACGGUAUCCUUACCGUUAUUCAUAUGUAUGGGAACAGUUUCAUCGGCAGGAAUUGUUAUAGCCUUAGCCCUGAUCAUUUUCAAUAGUUGGAAUAGACAUAGAAGAGUCAUCAUGUCAUCACAUCCUGUUUGCAACACGAUAAUGUUAACAGGUGUUAUCACUUGUUUAGUUUCCGUGUUUCUUCUGGGCGCUGAUGGCCGAUUUGUAGAUCCUUCAGAGUAUCCAGGGAUUUGUCAAGCGAGAGCUUGGAUGUUGUCGACCGGAUUCACUUUGGCGUUCGGAGCAAUGUUUAGUAAAGUUUGGAGGGUGCACAGGUUGACGACGAAGACUAAAGCUGAUCAAGCUAAGUUAUUUUUGGUUAAACAAAAAGUUUCAUCUAUACAGAAGAAGAUUCAGCCGUGGAAGCUUUAUACAAUGGUGAGCGUCCUGCUGGCAGUUGACGUGAUGAUUUUAAGCGCAUGGCAGAUAUUAGAUCCAUUGCAGCGACGUAUUGAAAUAUUUCCAUUAGAAUCACCACUCUUUGGAGAUGAUGAUGCCAGGAUCCGACCUGAGUUGGAACACUGUGAAAGUGAUCAUAACAUAAUAUGGCUCGGCUUGAUAUAUGGGUACAAAGGCAUUGUAUUAGUGUUCGGUCUAUUUCUCGCCUACGAGACACGCAGUAUUAAAGUAAAACAGAUAAAUGAUUCGCGUUAUGUUGGAAUGUCGAUCUAUAAUGUGGUAGUAUUAUGCCUCAUCACAGCUCCGGUAACGAUGGUAAUUGCGAGUCAGCAAGAUGCUAGUUUCGCCUUCGUAGCAUUAGCUAUAAUAUUCUGCUGUUUCCUAAGUAUGGCUCUGAUAUUCGUACCGAAAGUAAUAGAAGUUAUACGGCAUCCGAGAGAUAAGGCAGAGUCAAAGUAUAACCCAGAUGUUGGUACAUGCAAAGAAGACGAAGAACGAUAUCAAAAAUUGCUGAACGAAAAUGACGAGUUGCAGAAGUUGAUCACUGCGAAAGAGGAGAAAAUCAGGAUACUGAAACAACGACUAGCUGAAAGGGAUGCUGCUAAAGGAGGUACUACAAAUAUUCCAAAGGAUUCUCUGAUCGUAGCUGACUUUGUAACUGGAGAGGGAACGUCUGAUAGUGCAAUUGGUGGGGGUAUUUCUAUACAUACACGAUCAUCUCGUGCUUCAGCUUCAGAUAUUGAUUUUUCCGAAUCGUAUUUGUAAAAUUUUUUAAGUUAUUAUAUCUCAUAUAGAUCAAGAGAUUCCACAGAGCGUUAUAGAGCAUUGCAGAGCAUGAAAUUGGUUAAUUAAUCAAUUCCCAAUUAAGGAUAAAAUCAAACGCCCAAAACUUUUGUUACGUCCAUCAAAAAUGAUUUCGUUUAAUGCUAUUCAGGCAAACGAUAUAAAUUGUUCAUUUUCUAACAGGUCAUUAUCAGAUUAAAGUAUAAGAGAUAACUGCACAAUCUCAUAGAAUGCCAAACGCUUAAUAGUUAGAGUCCAUUUUCGGGUUCGUUACAAAAAGAAUUAUUAUUGGCUACCUGAAAAAUCUUCGAUCAUAACUUUUAACUAAGGCUUUGAAAAUAGAAGAAGCUUGCAUGAGAACGGUUGCGCACACACAAUAUUUGAAUACUAGAUGAUAAUUAGUUCACAAUUUUAUGAAUUUUUGAAAAUAUCAAAUCGCACUUAUAGAUCACGAGGCUUUUACUUAAAUUUCAAACGAUACACAAACUAACGAAGUUAUGGGAAUUCUAUAACUCUCAUGAAUGAGCUAUUACGGUUGGCUUGAAUGUCGAUUAAUCUCUGAAUUAUUAGUUUCAGGUAGCUAAUUUAAGAAAAUCUAAUUACUACAAAUAUCGAUCAUCAUGCAUCGCUUCAGAUCAAUUUUUCCCUGAUUAUUAUUAUUAUUAUUUUCUUAUUAUUUACGAUGGUAAAUUGCAAUACCGAACGCACGAAUGUUGUACCUUUAGCCGUUCCUCCAUUAUGGAUUUUUAGAAAUACAUAUGUAGGUAUGUAGAAAUAUUUAGAAUGAUGUGUGCGUACACAUUCAAUCAUUAACUAUGUGUAUUGCAUAAACUGGUCUACAUAUAACGAGAUUAACGGAAAGUUCGAGUUAAAUUCUGUGACUCUUAAUGAAUCGCGACCUUCACAUUUAUUACGAACGUUAUUCUUCGCGUAGAUGGAAUCCAUCUUGAGUAGGAAAUAUCGCGGCCUAAAUGAUUUUAUUCGGAUAUCCUAGCAACGAAAAUCUAAAAUACGACUUGUUGCACGGUAUAAUUACGCCUACUUAGAACGAGUAAAUUUGAUUUUUUCACACUCAAAAUUUGAAUCUCGCCGCACCAAAAAUUUGAGGAUGAACUUUUAUCAUGACUAUAUCGAGAGAAUAAAACAAUAAUCUCAAAAUGAGCAAAAUAAAACGAACUUAAAAAUCGCAAUUGUUGCCUCUGACAUUUAGUCUUAUGGGUCCAAAAUAAUAAAAAUAAAAAAAAUAAAUACACUUUUGUACUAUUUAAAGAUACCAACUGGAACUUCUAGUUGAGUUGGAAUUACGAAAUACAGUCAAAUCCGAGAAAAUGAUCAUGUAUAUCUUCAUUCUCAGAAUUUAUAAUAGUAACUGUUUUGAAAUUAGGUGAAAUAUAAUUGCAGUUAAAUCUCGUUAGACGAUUAAAUGCUGAAUGUUUGCAGAUUAAUGUAAACCUCAUGAAGCUUACUCCCAAAUUGAAAUGAAUUUGUAGAAAAUAUAACGAAUAGAAAAAGUGGUAAUUGAACGUGCUAACGAGAUUUAAAUGCUUGAUUUUUGAGUCCAUUCAUAAAUUAUUUGGGAGUCUUAAUGAGGUAAUACUCUACAGAUAUCAUGUGAUUGAUUUACAAUAGCCAGGAAGGCUGAAAUACUCGUGUAUAGUCAGAGACGUCAAAAUUGUUUAUGAAUGGGACUAAUAUGUGUGUAGGACGAUUAUGCUAUUUCAAGAAAACGGACUUUCAUUUUUUGUUUUUAGAAACGGACCACGCUGGGUGACCGGGGGCUGUCGUCUAUUAAACGAAAGGUUAAUUAGUGAAAGAAUGUAUACCAAAACGAACAAAAAAUAAAUGAAGCAUUCUCAGCCAAUUAUACAAUUUCACUUGUAUAAGAUUUUAAGAAACCGACUGUAAUGCAAUAUCGGAUUUACUUACAUGGUUUCAUUACCAUAGGGGAGGGAUUUGUUUUUAUCCUCAUAUUUAACAUUUCGAUCGGGAGUGCGUUACGAUUGCUUAUGACCAUUGUUGUGUUAUUCUGCGGUUCUCAACUUUUGAGUUCCUAAUUGUUCGAGCAAGAGAAUCUGUAGUCUGUCACAUAAUGAAAUCAUAUCGCACAGGUUUCAGCACAUCCAGUAAAUCCGACGUUGUGUAUACAAAUACUUACAGUGCGAGGAAGGUCGUCUUUGUUGACAUUCCUCACAUCGAAAUAAUUAAAUAAAUACGAGUGUUUGAUGCCACCGUGUGAUUUUGGUAUCAUCUGUUGAUUGCGAUGAAUCAAUUCUACGAUGUUUUCAAAGCUGUAAAACGAUGAAGCGCACUACAUGUACUGCAAUUUUGAUCAUAUGAAUAUCAUCUCAAACGUUAAUGUGAUUUGACUGCAAUUAGAAAAUCCAGUGUAAUUGAUAUACAAUGUAUCUAGCAAUGUUUAGCGUACUUAUUAGUGUAUCGUAAGUAAUAAUCUAUAGUAGAAUAUGACAAUUAUGAAUACGUAGAUAAUCAAGGAUAACAGAUUAUAUCGUAAAUUCGAUAUAAUUAUUGUACUUUUUUAUUUCAAUUGUAUCAAAAUUAUACUUCUUUUUCUUAAACGUUAAUACGAUUCACCUACAUACUUUCACGAAAAUCAAGAGAUUGUCUUCACAUUUCCAUUAAUACAUCUUUCACAAAACUUGAACACAAGUUAUUGAUAAAUUUAAUCAAUAGAUGUAUGAUUUGCGUAGCGUUUUUUACGCGUCUUAUGUCGUAUCUAUACUGAUUAUUUAUUGCACAAGUGAAUUAAGUCGCAAUUUAACGAUAAAUAAGGUGCUGUUUAACGGCCAACUGCCAUUCUAUGGAAUGUUCUAGUUUCUGCUCAUAUUUAUACCUCUAAGCUGAAUAACUUUUGCUGGUAUAGUUGACAAAGUUUAUCUGAUAAUUUUUGAUUUCUAGAUUUGCUAGAUUCGUACUGGUGUAGAUAUAUUGGAUGAAAUUCGUUGAAAAUAUCUAUAUAACUUCGAAUAAACAGUUCAACAGUUCAACGUUAGGUCCAUAUAAUGAAGUUGAUAAUUAUCAUUCGCGUUUUGCAAUACCUCACAAAAAAUUCAUCAUUCUCAAAGCUAUGGGUACCAAACUACAAACUUGGAACGCUGCUGAAUAGUUUAUGACGGUUUCAUAUUAGAGAAAAUUAUUUAAUGAAUGAAUAAAAUAUCAAACGUUGAAGAAAGUACUAUUAUAUUGUAUAUGUACGUUAUAGAGAAAUUAGAAAUUUUUAAUAAGUGUUUCUAAGAAAUGGAAUUUCAUGAAUGUCGUUAUCUGUUAUAAUGAACUUGACGGAAUCACUAAUUUACAGCUCAUGUAUGACAGCUAUUGUUAUGUAAUAAUGCAUAAUGUACAUUAUGACAUUUUAAAAUCAUACAAAUAUGUAACAUACAUGAUAGGUGUGUAGUAUUAUACAGCUGUUUAUUACACGCAGAAACUCUACAAGAGGUCCUAAACUCUACUGGAUUACAAGAUACAAUUCAUUUAUAUUUCAGUCAAUAAAGCGAGUAUGAUUCGAUAAUACCAUAA